AGGUCCCCCGCUCCCUGCUGGAGGACGUCGCGAGGCCCCUCGCGGUGACGCUCGACGCGAUCGCGGAGGACACGCUGUCGUACGUGACGAAGAGGAUGCCUCUGGAGCUGCUGACCACGAGGCGCGACCCCUGGCAGUUCCAGGCGCUGCGCGAGCGGCUCGCGGCCCCGGAGGCGGUGCGGCUGAGCGGGCUGCUGGCACACGUCGCGUACUGGGCGAUGUUCGGGCACGUGCACAGGCCCGAGGAGAGGCUUCCGGAGGAGGAUCGGCAGUCCCUGAUCCUCAAGGUCCAGGAGCUCUGGGCGGCGCUCGUGGACCCCUCGAGGCCGCCCGGGCAGGGGCGCGUGGCGCGCGGCGCCUGCGGGGACCCGCAGCAGCGAGGCGAGCGGCCCGAGCAGGCCGCGCUCUUCGUGCGGCCCGUGUGCCUGCUGGCCGCGAAGCGGGGGGUCGAGCGCACCCUGCAGCUGCAGUACCCGCGGCUGUUCAGCGACCGGGACCACGGUGCCGCCCUUAGCCAGCGGAUCUGGGACUUCAUCAACGCCCUGAUGAUGAACAUCUUCGACCCAGAGUGCCAGCUCGCCAGCUUCGGCCUGCUCAACAGCUCGCGGAGCGCCAUCCGGC